AUGAGAGAAGUCCUGGGUGAUCAUUGCUCCGAUGCUUCGGGUGAAACCAAUUCCCAAGGUGUGACAGGCGGCGUGUACAAGGCCCUGUGCUGCUAUGUUACUUGGACUAAGCGUUUUGGCCAAAUGCCUGGUGUUGACAUGACACCUGGUGCGGGUGGAAUUCAUGUUGGAUCUGGUCAAAUAAGAUUUAACUUGUGGCAGCUGCUUGAAGACUCUUUAGAAGAACGGUUAGAAAAGACAGGAGGUAUGGUUCCAGAUUCGGAAAAGUUUGAUGGAGAUCCUAAGGAAGGAGAAGUGGAAGAAAACAAGAAGAAGUCAGUUGAAGGUGGAAAGCAAGGCGCAUCUCUUAAAAAGCAAAAGAAGGACAAAGUUGGGGUUGCAACAGGAAAAUCUUCUCGUACAGAGGGCAGCACAGUGACAACUGCACCACGUGUCAAACCGGAACUUGCUUUACCUGCUAUUCCUGCAGAGGUAGAACAUUCUAUUCUGGAAGACUUGAGGAACCGUGUGCAGUUGAGUAAUGCAGCAUUGCCCUCUGUUAGCUUCUAUACAUUUGUUAAUACACAUAAUGGACUAAACUGUGCAUCAAUAUCACACGACGGAUCACUCGUGGCUGGUGGAUUCUCAGACUCGUCUUUGAAGGUUUGGGACAUGGCAAAGCUUGGGCAACAAACUGGUCCAUGUAAGUCCAACAUGAUAGUCCUUCCCAAUGCUAUUGCUAUUUUCAUGUUUCAAGAUAUGCCAGGAAGGGAUUCUUUUGUGGAGCUCANCCCUGUUUAUUCUGCGUCCUUUAGUCCGUACGGGGAUUUUCUUCUAUCUUCUUCAUCAGAUUCAACAAUUCGCUUAUGGAGUACAAGGUUAAAUGCUAAUCUUGUUUGCUACAAAGGCCACAAUUACCCAGUAUGGGAUGUUCAGUUUAGUCCAGUUGGUCAUUAUUUUGCCAGUUGUUCACAUGACCGCACUGCAAGAAUCUGGUCUAUGGACAGAAUACAGCCUCUGAGAAUAAUGGCCGGACACUUAUCAGAUGUGGAUUGUGUGCAAUGGCAUGCAAACUGCAAUUACAUUGCAACUGGAUCAAGUGACAAAACUGUACGCUUGUGGGAUGUCCAAAGUGGCGACUGUGUCAGGAUUUUCAUUGGUCAUAGGAGUAUGAUCCUGUCAUUGGCAAUGUCUCCUGAUGGUCGAUAUAUGGCAUCAGGUGAUGAAGAUGGAACAGUCAUGAUGUGGGAUCUCUCAAGUGGACGUUGUAUUACUCCUUUGGUUGGACACUCCUCCUGUGUAUGGUCACUUGCUUUUAGUGGUGAAGGUUCACUUCUUGCAUCUGGCUCUGCUGAUUGCACUGUGAAAUUAUGGGAUGUAACCACAAGCACAAAAGCGCCACUGAAAGAAGAGAACAAACCUGGAAUUAACAAUAGGCUUCGAUCAUUGAAGACCCUGCCGACAAAAGCUACUCCAGUCUAUGCUCUGCGCUUUUCUCGAAGAAAUCUUCUAUUUGCUGCUGGAGCUUUCUCGAAGGGUGCAUGAAUCCCUUGCUAUAAAGUUUCUUGAUGUGAGAUCACAUCAUUGUGGCCUUGCAAAAUUUGAGAUGGAGUCAUGGCUAGUCAGGUCGUGCAAUUGCCGAUAAUCAUAGUUACUAUCUGCUAGAGCUCUCUUUGUGGUGUGACUGCUCAAGCAUUUGUAGUCUAGUGUAUUUUCACCAUGGUAGUUUACAGACCCUUUCCUAGUUUCUACUUUUGUGGAUUAUAUGUAAUAUUUUGCUGAACUAGAAAGUGUUUAGCACAUUAUAGCUUGUGAACACUUGCUUCGAAAUUUUCUGUAUUUAGGGGUUUUAAUGAAUUUUACUGAUUGCUUCUACUAUUUGAAUGAAGCAACUACAACUGCCAGUUUUCAGAGACUUGAUCUUUUU